AUGUCUAAUCUCUUAAAGGAUUUCGAGGUCGAUGCUAAGAAUCCGUCGCUCGAAGCUCGGCAGCGAUGGAGAUCUUCAGUCUCUAUUGUGAAAAAUCGGGCUCGUCGUUUUCUGACCAAUGAUUUAGUUGUUGUAGUGUUCUUCUAUAUAAGCUCACUUUUUUUUUCUUUUAAUCAUAACCAGGAAAAGAUACGGGUUGCCUUCUACGUUCAAAAGGCAGCUCUUCAGUUCAUUGAUGCUGGUGCCCACCGUGAAUAUAAACUCACUGAUGAGGUCAAACAAGCUGGAUUCCAUGUGGAACCAGAUGAACUUGCAUCUAUGGUUCGAAAUCACAACACAAGGAGCUUGACUAACAGUGGUGGCGCUGAAGGAAUUGCUCAGAAACUGUCCGUAUCUCUCACUGAAGGUGUCCGUUCGAGUGAACUACACAUCAGAGAAAAAAUCUAUGGAGCAAAUCGUUAUGCUGAGAAGCCAGCCAGAUCAUUUUUAAUGUUUGUUUGGGAAGCGCUUCAAGACGUAACCCUUAUAAUCCUUAUGGUCUGCGCUGUAGUAUCGAUUGGAGUGGGAGUUGCCACAGAAGGAUUUCCAAAGGGAAUGUAUGAUGGGACGGGGAUAUUGCUAAGUAUAAUCUUGGUGGUCAUGGUUACUGCAAUCAGUGACUACAAGCAAUCUUUGCAGUUCAGAGAUUUGGAUCGCGAGAAGAAGAAAAUUAACAUUCAAGUCACCAGGGAUGGGAAUAGACAACAUGUCUCCAUCGAUGACUUGGUUGUUGGGGAUGUGGUUCAUUUGUCUAUUGGGGAUCGAGUCUCAGCUGAUGGGAUCUUUAUAUCCGGAUACAAUCUGGAGAUAGACGAGUCAAGCCUAUCCGGCGAGAGUGAGCCAUCACACGUGAAUAAAGAGAAGCCGUUUCUGCUUUCAGGAACCAAAGUCCAAAACGGCUCUGCGAAAAUGCUGGUGACAACCGUUGGUAUGAGGACUGAGUGGGGAAAGUUGAUGGAAACUCUAAGUGAGGGUGGAGAGGAUGAGACCCCUCUGCAGGUGAAGCUAAACGGGGUUGCUACAAUCAUUGGUAAGAUUGGUUUAGGCUUUGCAGUGCUUACGUUUGUGGUGUUGUGCAUAAGGUUUGUUGUGGACAAAGCCACUUCUGGUAGUAUCGCACAGUGGUCUUCCGAAGAUGCACUGGUACUGCUUGACUACUUUGCGAUUGCUGUAACCAUCAUUGUUGUUGCUGUACCCGAAGGGUUACCUUUGGCUGUGACCUUGAGUCUGGCAUUUGCUAUGAAGCAGUUAAUGAGGGACAGGGCACUUGUGAGGCAUCUGGCUGCUUGUGAGACGAUGGGUUCUUCUACCAGCAUUUGCACGGAUAAGACAGGGACCUUAACUACUAACCACAUGGUAGUCAACAAAGUUUGGAUAUGUGAAAAUAUCAAGGAGAGGCAGGAGGAAAACUUCCAGUUGAACCUAUCCGAACAAGUUAAGAAUAUCCUUAUACAGGCCAUAUUUCAGAACACUGGUUCUGAAGUCGUCAAGGAUAAGGAAGGAAAAACUCAGAUCCUGGGUUCACCUACAGAAACGGCGAUACUGGAAUUUGGUUUGCUUUUGGGCGGUGACGUUGAAACGCAACGCCGAGAACAUAAGAUACUUAAGAUCGAGCCUUUCAACUCAGACAAGAAGAAAAUGUCUGUUCUUACUUCUCAUUCUGGUGGGAGUGUACGAGCUUUCUGCAAAGGUGCAUCUGAAAUUGUCCUCAAAAUGUGCGAAAAGGUUGUGGAUUCUAAUGGAGACUCUGUUCCUUUAUCUGAAGAAAAGAUUGCAAAAGUCUCUGAAGUCAUAGAAGGCUUUGCUUCAGAGGCUCUGAGGACUCUCUGCUUGGUUUACACGGAUCUUGAUGAGUCUCCCAGUGGGGAUCUUCCUGAUGGUGGCUACACAUUGGUCGCAGUUGUUGGAAUCAAGGAUCCAGUUCGCCCCGGUGUUAGAGAAGCCGUUAAGACUUGUCAAGCUGCUGGAAUCACUGUUCGUAUGGUCACUGGUGACAACCUAAGCACGGCCAAGGCUAUUGCAAAGGAAUGUGGAAUACUUACCGCAGGUGGUGUAGCUAUAGAAGGUUCAUAUUUCCGUGAUUUGCCUCCACAUGAAAUGAGGGACAUUUUACCCAAAAUUCAGGUGAUGGCUCGGUCUUUGCCCUUGGACAAACAUACACUUGUCAACAAUUUGAGGAAAAUUGGAGAGGUGGUUGCAGUGACUGGAGAUGGAACAAAUGAUGCUCCUGCAUUGCAUGAGUCUGACAUUGGACUUGCCAUGGGAAUAGCUGGAACAGAGGUUGCGAAAGAGAAUGCUGAUGUAAUCAUAAUGGACGACAACUUUGCAACGAUAGUGAAUGUGGCGAGAUGGGGACGUGCUGUGUAUAUCAACAUCCAGAAGUUUGUUCAGUUCCAGUUAACUGUUAAUGUUGUUGCUCUAAUCAUCAACUUCGUCUCUGCUUGCAUCACAGGAUCUGCACCACUCACCGCGGUGCAGUUGCUUUGGGUCAACAUGAUCAUGGACACACUCGGUGCACUGGCUCUAGCGACCGAACCACCAAACGAAGGUUUAAUGAAACGUCAACCAAUCGGUAGAACCGCAAGCUUCAUAACGAGAGCAAUGUGGAGAAACAUCAUUGGUCAAAGCAUUUAUCAGUUAAUCGUCCUCGGUAUUCUCAACUUUGCUGGUAAACAAAUACUAAACCUCAACGGACCAGACUCAACCGCCGUUCUCAACACCAUCAUCUUCAACUCCUUCGUCUUUUGCCAGGUGUUUAACGAGGUAAACAGUAGAGAGAUAGAGAAGAUAAACGUGUUUAAAGGAAUGUUCAAGAGCUGGGUGUUUGUAGCGGUAAUGAUUGCAACAGUUGGAUUCCAAGUGAUCAUUGUUGAGUUCCUUGGAGCAUUUGCAAGCACUGUUCCUUUGAGCUGGCAACAUUGGCUUCUCUGCAUUUUGAUUGGUUCAUUAAGCAUGAUUCUAGCCGUUGGUCUUAAAUGCAUACCGGUUGAGUCGAACCGUCAUCACGAUGGCUACGAGUUGCUUCCUUCUGGUCCUUCUGACUCUGCCUGA